AUGACUGUUGGCAAGCCUAUGUCUGCCAAAGAUGGUGAACCGAUGCACAAUGCCACUCUCUACAGAAGUACCAUAGGUGCUUUACAGUAUCUCUGCAACACCAGGCCUGACAUUGGUUAUGCAAUUAAUAAGCUAAGUCAGUUUUUGCAAGCACCAACCACGGUUCAUUGGAGUGGAGUAAAAAGGGUUCUCAGAUAUCUGCAAGGAAUGAAGCAACAGGGUCUUCACAUCAGCUGUAGCAGCAGACUUGUGCUAAAAAGAUUCUCUGAUGCUAACUGGGCCUGCUGCCCAAAUGACAGAAGAUCGAUUGCAGACCAUUGUGUGUUCUUUGGAUAUAGUCUUGUUUCGUGGUCAUCCAAGAAAUAUCACGUUGUCUCGAGGUCAAGUACAGAGUUAGAAUAUAGGGCUUUGGCCCAUGUUGCAGUUGAUAUAUCCUGGAAUGAGUCCCUUUUGAAAGAAAUCGGUUUUCCCCUUACAAUGACUUCAGUCACCUGGUGCGAUAAUGUAACGCCCUAA